AUGUCGAAAAGGAAGAGGAUGAAGAAGAUGAUGAUGGCAAGCGGGGGCACGGAUAUGUUAUUACUACAGCUAAUGCUUGUUGUCGUUACGGCAACAACAACAUCAUCAUCAAGAAUAACAUCAAAAAUGACGUCAUCAAUUUGGAGAAGCGAGGCGCCAGGAAAUUCAAACAAUUCGUUUCCUCAUUCGGCCAUGAAAUCAAUCGCUCGUAACAUGGCAUUCAAGUCCACCAGCGGUGGUGAGGUCAUCGCGAUUAAACCUCAGCCGGAAGUAAGUAGAAUUAUCCGACCGAAAAAGGAAGAAGAUAACUCCGUGGAAGUAGAUAAAAGUAAUGCAGAAACAUUUAUAUACGGUGCUAGCGAUGAUGAUGAAGAUGAUAAUGGUGGUGAUAAUAACAAUGGUAUAAGCAGGACUGUUAAGAAAAUUAAUGGAAAGGAUUUGGAUGCAGACAGAAAAGUGAACCUGAAUAUAAAAGAGGAGAAGGAGUUUUACAACGUCGUUAACAUGUCUGAAAUGGCGAAUGCUGAUGAGGAUCAUUAUUUUGACAGGUUCUCGGACGAAAAAAUUAUUUACAACUACGCAAACAACAACAAAAUUAGCAGCCCUAGCAACGCCACCUACCAAAUUAACUACAUCAACUACAUCAACAACAAUAGACUUUCCACUAACGUAAACAACGACAAUCGCAACAACAUCCAUGGCAGCAACAACAUCAACAAUGCCGACCAUAAAAUAAACAACAGCAACAUGGCCAUUAGUCAUAAACCCACUAUGGCUAAAACUACUUCAAUUACGUUCAUUAUUAAUGAACUUGCCUUUCGCGUCACGACCACGGUUACUUCUACGACAAAGACAUCAAUCGCGACUUACGCUACUACUUACACCACACGUUUUAGUAGUCUUACCACUGCUACAAAAACAACAACAUUUACCAUAACAACAACACUAAGUAUUACCACUACCUAUUCAACUUCUAUUAUUAUUACAACUGUUUCUAUUAUCUAUACUACAGUUGCAAAUAUUAUUACAAAUACAAUUGCUGCUACCACUACCACUACUACUACUACUACUUCUACUGCUACUGCUACUACUACUGCGGGUUCUUUAACUAUUAUUAGUUUUUCUCUUGCAUCUCCCAUAUUGCCACUUAGGUUUGUCAAUAAACUGGACAUCAUCAACAACAACAACAACAACAAUGACAGUAACAUUAAAAUUACUCAUAACAACAAUAAAAUCAGCAGCAGUGGCAGCAACUGCAACGUUACCAACUACAACCACAACGACAUUAAUCCUACCACAAAUAGCAACAAACACAGCAACAACAUCAACAGAAACAUCACCAGGGGCAACAACAAAAACAACAUUAACGUUACCAACAACAUCAUUCGCAUCAACAACAACAACAUCAUAAGGAACAACAACAACAACAACAAAAUUAUCAACAACAACAAUGACAGCAUGGCGCUAAACGAGGCACAUAUCAGUAAGCGCCUUAUUGAAACAGGUUUUAUGCUUAAGCAUGGUUUGAAUUCAAAAUUAAGUCAUGCUGCACAGAACAACAUCAACAAUAACACCAAUAACACCAACAACGAUAUUAUUAACGUCAACAAAAACAUCAACAACUACAUCAACUGCACCGGCAACAUCAACAACAUUAAUGAAGUUGACAAAAAAACUAAUGUUAACAACGGUACCAACACGCAGACCAACAAAUAUUGUAACAGCUACGUCGUUAACAAAGUCACCAACAACAAAAACAACAUAACUACUGAUGACAUCAUCAACGAAGAUAGCAAUAACAAAAACAAUAGCAACUAUCUCACAAACAACUACAACAUAAACAACGAAAACAAUUACAAAAACAACAACACAGACAAGAAAUGUGACCAAACGUACAGCAACAACAAUCACAACAAAAAUAACGGCAGCCGGAAAAAUGACGUCACCGUAAACAACGACAAUGUCAACCAAAACACAAAGAAAGUAAUUAAUAAAAGGAGCUAUUUUUACAAAAGAAGCAGGCAUUACAAUGAUACUUCUACAGCAACUGUUACACUAACUACAACCACAGCCACAACAAAAGCAACUUUGACGUCAUCUUUGUCGCUAGCAACGUCAUCAACAACAACAACAUUAAUGCCGCCAUUUACAACAACGAGACAAGAAAUGAUACACUGGGUUACAUUUCAAAGCGUCAGACAUCGUCAUCAUCAUCAUCAUCAUCACUAUCAUCAACAACAACAAAACAACAACGACAUUGAUAGUAAUAUCAACAACGACAACAUUAAUAACGUCAACAAUAACAACUCCGACAACAGCGCUAACAACAACAACUUGAAUAAAAUCUUUGUUGAAGAGGUCAAAAGUUCAACUUUCGAUGUCAAUCAAACAGAGAAGAACGAUGCGGAAAUGAGUUACAACAACAUAAACAACAACAUAAACAACAACAUCAAAAACAACAUCAACAACAAUACCAGUAUCACAAAAAUCAAUGAUAACGACGAUGAUAGCAUCAUAAAUGAUAAUUCUGAAAUCAACGACGGUGAAAGUGAUGAUAGCGAAGAUGUUGAAAUGUUGACAAAUGAUGAUGAUGAUGAUGACGGGGAUUUUGAUAAUGAUGUUGACGGUAAUGAUGAUGAUGAAGCGGAUGAUAGUAGUGAUGUUGAGGUAAGAACGUUUUUUAGCGCCAAUCUAUCGGACCCAGUAUGGCAAAAUACGUUAUUGUUAGAUAGCAACAACAACAACAACAACACCACUAACAACAACAACAUUAACAUCAACAACAACGGCAAUAACAUCAACAACAACAAUAACAUCAGCAACAAUACAAACAAUAACGAAACAAAUUACACCAGCAGAAAUAUCUACAAGAGUAAAAUUCUGGUCAGGACCACCUCUCAACCUUACUUAUCGAAAAAAUUCAACAACAACAACAAAAACAACAACAAUAUUAUUAUUUAUAAUAAUAACAACAAUAAAAUCAAAAGCACAAAUAACAACAUCAGCAAAAACUUAUCGCGAAACGAUUCGCUGUCAAAUGGCUCGGAGGCAAGCGGCUUAUCUAUUCGUGAUUCGCAUUUAAUUCAUAACGGCAACGAGCGGAACGACAACAGUGUCAACAACGUCAUUGAUGACGUCAGCGAUGACGACGACGCUGACAUCUAUCGACUAAAAAAUGAUUACCUGUUCGACGAAAUGUACGCUACAUCAAACGGUGAUGGUGGCGCUAACAUCAACAACAAUCCCAACAACAACAACAACAACAAUCCCAACAACAACAAAAAUUCCAACAACAAUCCCAGCAACAACAAUCCCAACAACAACAAUCCCAACAACAAUCCCAACAACAACAACGUAUUUUAUUACAGCAACAACAAUCUCAACAUCAACAACAUGGACAAUAUCACACUCGAUACAUUUGAUUAUUACAUUAACAACAACAACAACAUCAACAGCAUAAACAACAACAUCAGUAGCAUCAACAUCAACAACAACACAGCCAACGUCAACAACAACACGGAAGCUCAGGAAGGUUUACAAUUUAAUUUAAAAAACCUUCGAGUGAUUAUAUUUUUACAUUACCUGAAAAUCCCGACUCUGAUGAUAAUGACGAUGACGUUGAUGAUGAUCUCCAUCAAGUUCAUCAUUUUAACGACGCAAUGA